CCUCGAAAAACGCCACGCAUUGUUUCUCCACUGUCACCACACCGGACUGCCAUGGAUAGAUACAGUCGUAGAAAAACCGGAGCUUUGCUUAGGAAGUAGGGAAGAUAAUACACGUGCUAUAUUUUCGUAAGCACGAGUCCGGGUAAACUGGUCGAUACGUUCCGACCACCUAGAUUAUCUGAGAACGCGCAUCGACCAGAACAGAAGAGAGGCAAUUUCAACACUGAUCUCGAUCUUAGCGAGUAAUGGACGAACGUGCCCCCUUUGAGUCGGUGGCCCAAUCUGCAGCCGCAGCCAUGGGGUCGCCAUUCGAGGCAGAAGCAGCCGACAAUGAGGCCUAUAAAAAGACGAGUUCGCUCAACGAUCGCGUCGCAACGAUAACGAAGCAGCUGGUAUCGAAGACAACGACCUUAGGCGAGGAAAUGGCGUCGAGAACGAAAGCCGUGAGUGCAGAUAUCGCGUUAAAGUCCGAAGCAAUGCGUGAUGCGCUCAGAGAAAAGGCUGCGGUAGUCUCGGGGGAGAUCAAGUCGCGCACAGUGAACAUGACCGAGGAGGUCUUAUCGAAAACAGCGCAGUUCAAGGAAGCCGUCAAGCUCUCUCUCGCGUCGCUGGGGAAUCGUCCAGACCCCACUAGCACGCAGAUAGGCGCUGACGAGGCAGAGCGCGGCUGCACGGAGGACGCUGUCUCGCUGGAGCCGCUCCCACCGCCUCUUCAGAGCCCGUCGAAGCACCGGCAGGGGCGGACGAGUCCUCGGAGCAUGGCGUAUCCUUCGCUGUGGUCCGACGUGGAUCGCUACAUACCACGCGAUCAUCCCACCAGCCGUCUUAGCCCCUCCGGUUUUGAUUCCAUUCCCGCCAAUUCCGUUCCCUUCGAUUCUGUCCUCUCCGAUUCCAUCCCCUCUGAUUCCACCCCCCCGCAUCCCACGGCCUUCUGUGCCCCUGCUCCCAACCCCGCACCGUCAUCCUCCUCUGCCCGCGAGCCAUCCGACGAGGAGCAAUCCGACGCGCAUGCAACAUGUGAUUGCAUCAUCCCCUCGUCCGACCAAUUAGAGCCGUCAGUUGCACCCGCUCAGCUCCCUGCUCCCUCGGAUCACCCCGCUUUAAGCAGCAUUGCCAGUGGGGAAGUGGCUUUUGUAGUUCCUUGCUUGGGGCACGAGGAGCGCGGGACGGGGGAGGGGGAGGAGGAGGGGGAAGGGCAGGGGGAGAGGGAGUUGAGGCGCACAGACGCGGAGGAGUUCAGCAUGGACCUAUGGCUGGCGGCGCCGAGCAGCCAAGCGCGAAGCAGCAGCACGGUUGGAUUUCCCACGAGCAGCUCACUGGCGCUCCUCAGUCCCGCUGCCCUGGAGUCCCCGCCUGCUCCCUCCUGCGGCCUCUUCGCCUCCCAGACCAGCCAAAUGCGAGGAGACGCGGUGGGGAAGGGAGGGCAGGGGAGGGCAGGAGGGGCCAUGGCAGGGCAGGGGCCGUCCAACGAGGCCGAGGUGGGGGACGUGGUGGGAGCAACGGGGGAUGGCGGGAGCGAGGGGGGAGCACAGGGCGGGAAUGGCGCACCACAGCCGCCAUUCUGGCACCCAGUGGCUGUUGCGGUGGUGCAAAGCCCGUUUGGGGUUUCCAAGCAAGUGGUGGGAGGCGCGGGGGGGCAGGCGGGCCAUGUGGAGUGUGCGGACAUGGACAUGGACAUGGACCGCGUGUGGGAGGAGCAGUACGUGCUCAGGGAGUGCAAGUCGCUGCCCACCUCGCCACACGAGUCACGGCGAGGGCUACCCGCCUUGAAGCGCCUUCUGUCCAUCAGACGGGAUUCGAUGCACGUGCACCGCACUGCCAGCCACGACAGCUCAGGCAGCCGCGACAGCCGGGAUAGCAUCUCACGGCCCAACCUUAUCAAUGAGGACGGCUCGCAGCAGAACAGGUGGGCAGCGCGGGAUUCAGGCCGACCCCGGCGGCGAGGCUCCAUGGACUCCAUCAGCCUGAGCUCGGCUUGGGAGCGGGCGGCGGCGAACAUAGCAUCCGUGCAGCAUUCGUCGUCUUCCUCGCAGGGCCCUUCCUUCCGUGUGGCACUGGCCCCCCAUGCAGCGCAGGACGGGCAGCAGGCGUCUGAGAAUGGAUGGGCCAUCCCAGUGGCCCGGCCCGCCCCUUCUCCUCUACAGCCGCUGUCUCCGCGCCUGCCAGCGGUCCAUUCUGCUCCGUCCUUGAGCCCCGUGCAGCCAAUAGCGACCCCUAAGUCAAGGCAGUCCCCUCAGUCAAGGCAGUCCCCUCAGUCAAAGCGUUCAUCUCAGUCAAAGCAUUCGCCUCAGUCAAAGCAUUCGCCUCAGUCAACCUGUUCACGUCAAGCGGUGCGUUGCUCGCACUCGCUGUCUCCUCCAGCAGCACACCGUGUGCACUCACCUACAGGCUCACCCAGAGGAUCUCCCAGCAUUGGGCAAGCCAAGCAGUGGUCCGCACAGCCCUCUCCAUGCAAAUCAGUGCUUCCAUGCUGCUGUGCCUGCCCGCCUUGCAUCUCUGCCCGCUCAACCAUGCCCGCUCACAUGCCGUCUGCUCCAGUGCACGAUCAGCCAGCCUGCAGUGUGUCGCAUGGCCCGCCUACUGUUGGAACACACACUUUGACGCAGCAGCAAUGCGCCCCAGCGGCUGAGCCCCAUGAGCGGCGGGAGGAGGACAAGAUGCAGCUGCGUUUGGCUGUGGAUGGUGAGAAGCAGCCCAGCACAGUCAUCCGGGGUUCAUCUCAGUAUCAUCAGGGUAGGGUGCCUCCCCGCCAACUCCCUUCAGGAGCCAUGGCACCCAGCGCCACCUCUCCCAUUUACUUCAGGCAGUACCAGGACCAGCCAAGCAGGUGGCAGCGCAAACCCGUCCUUCAAGUGUCACUGAGUCCUGAGUCCCUGUCGUGGGAGCCUGCUGGUGGCCGACAGCUCAGAUCCGCGCCGGCAUCUCCAUCCGGUCGUCUCGUUUCACCGGGUGCCUCUCCUGUAAUUUCAUCCUGGGACGAGCCAAGCAGGUCCGAUCACAAGGCAUUUCACAGGCUUUGCUCUGAUGGGAGUGAGCCCAGCAUGUGGGAUAUAGCGUGGAAAUGUGCAGGGCCUGAAAAAUCAGAACCGGAUGGCAGGGAAAGGAGGAAGAUGCAGAUGCAGAAUCUGAAGAAGCUGUUUCCAUGGUGGCGUGCCCCACGCUCUAGACGAAACCCAGGAUCCUAGUCUGUUGAAAUUUGUUAUUAUAACAUAUUGGCUGUUCAAGUACGGGUAAG